GCAUCCAAUCAAGGGUUCAAGAGCCAUCUUGGCAUCCACACCACCUCUGCCAAAGUCAGCUCAGCAUCAUGAUACCCGGCCCUUCAUCAUCGUCAUCAGCACUACCGCCCCCAUCACCACUUGUAGCAUCCUCGUCCCCUUCCUCUUCGCAGCAACCAUGGUACGCCUCGAUUCGCUCUCACCUCUCCCACACAUCACCAGCGACCCAUUGGACCCCUGCUUCCGAGCGUAGCCUUCUCGAGCCCUACUCCUACCUCUGCUCACGACCAGGCAAAUCGAUUCGCUCAAAAUUAAUCGAUGCUUUUAACAUCUGGUUACGCGUACCCGAGCAUCGCCUGCAAAAGGUCCGCAAGGUGGUAGAGAUGCUACACAAUGCCAGCCUGCUGAUGGAUGAUGUCGAGGAUAACAGCGAUUUGAGGAGAGGCGCUCCAGUGGCACAUAAAGUCUAUGGUACGCCACAGGUCCUCAACACUUCCAACUACGUGUACUUCCUCGUCUUCAGGGAGAUUGAGGCCAUGGGUCACGAGAGAGCGGAGCAUGAGGGGCAAGGGUCGUUGAGCUCAGCGUCGCAGAAGGCCACACAGUCGGAGCGUCUCCUCGUAGAAGAGAUGAUCAACCUUCACCGGGGGCAAGGUCUCGACCUUCUUUGGCGUGAUACCUUGCAAUGCCCUACGGAGGAGGAGUACGUGGAGAUGGUGCGAAACAAGACUGGAGGGCUGCUGCGGAUUGCUGGCGGGCUCAUGACCAUUUGGAGAGGGGAGAGCGAAGACGGCGCUGCGGGUCAAAGAUCGACCUCGACGACGUCCACACCCAACCUGGCUCCCCUCCUCGACUUGAUCGGCCUCCUCUUCCAGAUCAGGGACGACUACAUGAACCUCGACUCAGAUACAUAUGCGCACAACAAAGGUUUUGCAGAGGACUUGACCGAGGGCAAGUUCAGCUUCCCAAUGAUUCACGGAAUCAGGUGGAGCGAGAGCAAUACCAAUGGCGGGAGUGGUAAUCAGGGUGUGGAUGGAUCAUCAUCCUCGUCUUCUCCGGCAUCCACCUCGCCAGCAAGGGCCGCAUUUCCCACAGCGGUCGCAUCCUCCUCCUCCUCGAUGCCUGCCGCCCGCCCAGUCCAACCCCCCAUCGUCGCGCCAGCCCCUUCCUUCCACCUACGCAACCGACAACUCCUGUCCAUCCUUUCAUCGCGUCCAACGGACGAGCACCUCAAGCGAUACGCCAUCUCCUAUUUGCGAGACGUCUCUCGCUCCUUUGCCUACUGCAGGGCAGUGAUGCGGCAUAUUGACGCGGCGAUUUGGAAGGAAUUGGAGGAGGUUGAGAGAGCGUUUGGCAUGCAGAGCGAAGGGAAUGAGCAGCUCAGGAAGAUAUUGCUCGCGUUGCGGGAGGGAUGGUGGGUGGAAGGUGAGGAGGACGCAGGCGACGAGGAGGUUAGAGGGCGGGGAAGUAGCAAAUCAUGAUUUAUGAUGAAGAAGGCAGUAUAUAGGAUGAUGCGCAUGCUAUCUGAAUGCCGCGUCAGUGAUACCAGGAUUGCGCAAUGGCAGCUCAUUGCCUCAUCCUCUAUUGACUCCUCUACGCCUUCAACACUCCUCCCUCCCACAUGACACGGUAAAGCUCCCCACUCCUUAGCGCCGCGAGGAUCUUGCUCACAUUCAGACCAAUCGUCGCCCUCUGCUUGAAGGCAUCCGAGCUCGUCGGCUUGACAGGCUCUUCAUCUCCCGCUUGCCUCCCCGUUUGUCC